AGGCACAUGAUCCACGCUGCGUGAUGAUCAUCACAUCCACGCACAGCCGCCAGUGGAAUUGUAGUAGUAGUAGUUCUCUCUCCUUUUCUUUCAUGGAUUCACCUUUUCUCUGGAAUAUUGCUCUGUCCCGUCGCGAGUGAGUCCUGAGAGGGGAAGUCUCCUGGCGGGAGGCAAGAUGGCGUCCAACCACAUCCUGCGCAGUUACUCCAUCAUCCCAUGUUUCAUCUUCGUAGAGCUGGUCAUCAUGUCUGGCACAGUGCUGCUGGCCUACUACAUGGACUGUACCGACCUCUUCAGUGUGCACCUGCAGGGCUUCUUCUGUAACGAUGCAGACCUGAUGAAACCUUACCCUGGGACCGACCAGUCCAGCUUCGUACCGCCCCUCAUCUUGUACUGUGUGCUGGCUGCUGCUCCAACUGCUAUCAUUGUGGUGGGUGAAGUGUCCAUGUACACCAUGAAGUCCACCAGGGAGUCCCUGCUGGCCCAGGAGAAGACCAUCGUCACUGGAGACUGUUGUUACCUCAACCCUCUCAUCCGCCGCAUCAUCCGCUUCAUCGGCGUGUUUGCGUUUGGCCUCUUCGCCACGGACAUCUUUGUCAACGCAGGCCAGGUGGUCACAGGCGGUCUGUCGCCCUACUUCCUGUCAGUGUGCAAACCCAACUACACCGGCACAGAGUGUCGACUCAACCACCAGUUUAUCGUCAACGGCAACAUUUGCACCGGAAACCCCAUCAUUGUGGAGAACGCUCGCCGAUCUUUCCCGUCCAAAGACGCCUCGCUGAGUGUUUACUCUGCUGUUUACCUGACGAUGUACAUUACCAGUACCAUCAAGACCAAGUCCAGCCGCCUGGCCAAGCCCGUGUUGUGUCUGGGCACGCUUUGCUCAGCUUUCCUUACUGGACUCAACCGCGUAUCAGAAUACCGAAACCACUGUUCAGACGUCGUUGCUGGAUUUAUACUUGGAUCGGCGGUCGCACUCUUUCUGGGUGUGUGCGUGGUGAACAACUUCAAAGGCGUCCACGGUGCGGCCGCUAAACAGAAGAGCGAAGACUACCGUGGCCUCCCCCUGAUGACGUUCCCCCGCGUGGAGAGUCCUCUGGAGACCCUCAGUGCACAGAACCACUCGGCGUCAAUGACGGAGGUCACAUGACUAAGGGGGCAGCACCGGGUCACGUUUGCGUCUCCACAGCACUUCCAGACACAAUGACAAGGACGCAUGUGGCGUGGCUUCGAUUGCUUAACAAAAUCAAACACUGAUGUAUUGUCUCCUUCACGCCCGGCCGGGGCAAAGUCCAACAUGUUUGUGAUGGUUGACGUGGGGCUUCGCUAUUCCAAACAAGCACAGAUUGUUUCUCCAUACAAGUCAUUGCCACACGGGAGGUGUUCUGUUUUCAGUUCAACAAUGGUGUUUUUGCACAUUUUUGUAUGAGCGAUGGCUGUAACCCACCUGCACACCUCUGUGUUACAUCACUUCCUGUCAGGUGACUCUCCUCUGUUGUCUCUCUCCUGCGCCCCCAAGUCUGAAAAUGUACAAUUAGCAACGUUGAUGUUGUCAUUCUGUGAUGUUUGUCAUUUGUACAGAAAAAAAAUACAAUUGUUCUUUUUAUGAUGGUUGUGUAUGAAUUGACCUUGUCAGGUCGGAUUUUGUAAAGAUUUUUGUUAAUCUGUUCAAUAACGAUCCUUUUGGACCCGUUUGCCUGCUGUAAACUUUGAUAUGUUUUGGUAUCAUAAUCCUACACACCGAGCGCUGGAUCAUAAAACACAUUCAGCUGCAACUAUCUCCUGUACUGUAUGUGUACAUUACCUCAUCCUGGUCAUCUGCAAAGGUUGAAUCGAGUUAACUGGACUCCUCUUGUUUGUUGGCAAAACAACUCGCUUCCAUGUAAUGAGACCUUCUUUGGGGGAGAUGUCAGCACAUUAGACAAACAGAGAGGUCGUUUGUGGUCGGACAUGACUGCUAAAUGACGGUCGGAUGCCUAAUUGGUGGCAAAACCACUUGUUAGUGACCACUCUUCCCACAGAAUGAGACCGUAUUUGGGGGAGAUGUCAGCACAUUAGACAAACCCAACACACAUCACACAACUCUCCCGCAAAGAUUGUCUCAAUCCAUGGAAAGAGUGGCCACUGACCAGCUGUUUUUCAUUGGUGGCAAAAACUUGAGUGGAAAAUUCUUCACAGUGUGGAAUGAGACCUUCUUUGGGGGAGAUGUCAGCACAUUAGACAAACAGAGAGGUUGUUGUGGUCGGACAUGACUGCUAAAUGACGGUUGGAUGCCUAAUUGGUGGCAAAACCACUUGUUAGUGACCACUCUUCCCACAGAAUCAGACCGUAUUUGGGGGAGAUGUCAGCACAUUAGACAAACCCAACACACAUCACACAACUCUCCCGCAAAGAUUGUCUCAAUCCAUGGAAAGAGUGGCCACUGACCAGCUGUUUUUCAUUGGUGGCAAAAACUUGAGUGGACAUUCUUCACAGUGUGGAAUGAGACCUUCUUUGGGGGAGAUGUCAGCACAUUAGACAAACAGAGAGGUCGUUUGUGGUCGGACAUGACUGCUAAAUGACGGUCGGAUGCCUAAUUGGUGGCAAAACCACUUGUUAGUGACCACUCUUCCAUGGAAUGAGACCGUAUUUGGGGGAGAUGUCAGCACAUUAGACAAACAGAGAGGUCGAUUGUGGUCGGACAUGACUGCUAAAUGACGGUCGGAUGCAUAGAUUGUCUCAAUCCAUGGAAAGAGUGGCCAUUGACCAGCUAUUUUUCAAUGGUGGCAAAAACAUGAGUGGACAUUCUUCAUCGUGUGGAAUGAGACAUUCUUUGGGGAGGUGUCAGGACGUUAGACAAACAAAUCCCUCCUUCAUAGAUUGUCUCAUUCAACAGGAAGUGUGGCCACUGACAAGCUUUUUCACCAUCAAGAAAACUCAUUUGUGGACUUGUCAGUGGACAUUCUUAAGAGAUGUCAGCACAAACAAAUCUCUCCCGCAAAGAUUGUCUCGUUCCAUAGGAAGAGUGGCCAAAGAUGAUCUGUUUUGGCGAAAACAACUUGUUAUUGGCCGUUCUUCCUCGAGAGAGACAUGCAUUUUGUCUAAUGUCUUGACAUCUCUGCCCCAAAUAUUGUAUCAUUCCACACUAGCAAGUGAGCAGUCUUCCCAGAGAGACAUCAGACAAACACAUUUCUCCUCUACAUGAUGUCUCGUUACACACUAAUAAAAAUGGCCACUUACAAGUUGUUUUUAUUUCAUGUCCUGACAUCUUUUGCCACAAAUUGUCUCAUUCCAUGGGAUAAGUAGCCACUAACCAAUUGGUUAUACACCUUGCUAAUCACUCUUAUCAUGGAAUGAGACAAUCUUUAGUGAGGAGAUGUUUCUUUAACGUGUUAACAUCUCUUUCUCAUAUAUUGUCUCGUUCCACACUAGUAAGAAUGACCACUAACGAGCUGUUUUGCCACCAAUGAGUUAUUCACCUUCCUGGUGGCAUGAUAGCUUGUCAGUGGACACUCCUGUGGAGUAAGACAUUGUUCGGGGGGAGGGGGAUUCAUUUGAUUAAUGUCCUAACAUCUCUCCCCCAAAAAAGGUCUCAUUC